AUGGUGUGCAUCCGAAGAGCCACCAUCAAUGACCUCUUAGCCAUGCAAGCAUGCAAUCUAUUCUGUUUGCCGGAGAAUUACCAGCUCCAAAUCUACUUGUACCACAUCAUUUCCUGGCCGCAGCUCCUCUAUGUCGCAGAAGACUACAACGGCAAGAUUGUGGGAUACGUCUUAGCCAAAAUGGAAGAAGAGGCAACACCCGAGUGUCACGGCCAUAUCACUUCUUUAGCUGUUCUCAGAAGUCACCGAAAACUUGGCCUUGCUACGAAGCUAAUGAUGGCUGCUCAUAGCGCGAUGGAACAUGUGUUUGGCGCGGAGCAUGUGUCGUUGCAUGUCCGGGAGAGUAAUCGGGCUGCGUUUAAUCUGUACACGGAGACGUUGGGGUACAAGGUUCAUGAUUUGGAGGGAAAGUAUUAUGCGGAUGGGGAGGAUGCUUAUGUUAUGAGGAAGAUUUUCAAGGGGUAG